AUGCAUGUGCCGAGCAGGGGGGGUAGUGAGGAUGGCUGUAAAACUUGCAAUGUGUGUGGUGAAGAUCAUAAUGAUUUACCUGAUAUUACUAAAUCAUAUUAUCGUGGAUCAACAAUUCCCAUCCUAAAAUCAUUUCGAAGUGGUUGGUUUGAAUUUCGUUUAUGUCGUGCAAAACAUCGAAAUCAAAAUUAUUGUUUUAAUCGUUUAAUAUUAGAAAUAAUAAAUUCAUCUUCAACACGACAUUAUUUACAGCGUAAAAAAAUGUCAAGCCAAAAUACAUAUUCGGUGACUGUUCGUCUUCCACCGUAUUUGAUUUGUGAUCAUUGUAUAUUACAAUGGAAAUAUCAUACAUCAGAUACGAUAAAUUCGGAUGACAAUGGUGAUACGUGUAAAGGCUGCGGGGAACAGGAAGAAUUUUUUAAUUGUGCCGAUAUUUCUGUUGGAUCUCAUACAACCACAGGAACAACAACAACAAAAACAAUCUUGGUUAAUCAACAGAUGUCAGUUAAUCAUUCAUUUCGAAAAGUGACACGAAAAACAUCGACACUUAUUUUAUCCACAUCCAAAUUGACAGGACCAGCUGAAAAACGAGUUUUAACAACAGUGCCAGCGACAACUAUUUCAGAUCAAGUAAUAUCAAAUAGACGAAAUUCUCUUUACGAAAAUCGAGCAACUAUCGAUUAUAUUCGAAAUCAUCUAUUAUUAAACAUCGAUCAUAAAUUGUCGGCAGUGACCACAUUACCGUUCGAGAAUGAAGCACAGUUGCGUCAUGAUCCACGUUAUCAUCGAAUAGAAGCGUCUCGUUUACGUCAAGAGCAAAUGCUAUAUGAACAAUAUCUGAAUGAAAGACAGGCAUAUGAGCAAUAUGAUCAUCCAGAAGAUUUUCUAUGCAUUAGAAGGGAUGAAUUUGAUAAAUUUCGCAUAUUAUUAAAUAAUAUGGAAUAUAUUAUAUCGACAUUGAAAUAUCAUUUUGUUGAUCAUAUUAAGGUUAUUAAACAUCGCGAUCGAAAUCCCGAUGAAGCACCAACUUUUCCGUAA